AUGGACGUUCCCGACAAUUCUGAGACUUUGGAUAGUCACCAUGCGCAAGCUCCCUAUUAUCAACACGCAAGUGAACGCAUCGAGAACCUCCAGAAAGUCGCCAAAAUUUGGGGCAAAUACGGAACGGAACUUUGCGCAGAAGUGGGCUGCACCUGGAUAAAUGUGACCACGGCUCCUUUCCUUAUGGAUUCAAUCUUGGAUACUGCAAAUCUCAUAGAGGCAGCUCAACGUACUCUCCAGGAGCAACUUAACAAGUAA